CAUCACAAAAAAGAUAUACAUAUUAUUAUUUGUUUAGAAUUAAAUUAAUUAAUUAAUUAUAUAAUUAUCAAAAAUGCAGUGCAUGGCUUUUCACCAAUUUGCUCCAUCAUCAUCCCUCCCUAUUUGGAGUAGAGUUAAUAAUCGUUUUACACCAAAAACUUCUAUUAUUACUUCUAUUUCAAAACCAAAAUCAAAACCAAAAUCAAACUUGAAAUCGAGAUCGAAAUUGAGAUCGAGAUCAAGAUCAAGUACUUGUUACCCCAUACAAUGUAUUGUGAUUGAUAACCCUAGUUCUACGAUUAUUAAUAAUAGUGAUCGAAGAUCGGCCAACUAUGGACCUCCCAUUUGGUCUUUUGAUUUUAUUCAAUCUCUUUCAACUCAAUAUAAGGGUGAACUUUAUACAAGUCGAUUAAAUAAGCUGGAGAAAGACGUGAAAAGGAUACUGGUUGGAGAGGAAAAUUGUUUAGCUCAACUUGAGCUAAUUGAUACAAUACAAAGACUUGGAUUAUCUUAUCGUUUUGAGAAUGAAAUCAUUUCUAUUUUGAAAGAAAAAUUCACCAAUAAUAAUAACAACCCUAAUCCUAAUUAUGAUUUAUAUGCUACUGCUCUCCAAUUUAGGCUUCUACGCCAAUAUGGAUUUGAAGUAUCUCAAGAAAUUUUCAAUAAUUUCAAAGAUCAGAAGACAGGAGAGUUCAAGGCAAAUAUAAGUAAUGAUAUUAUGGGAGCAUUAGGCUUAUAUGAAGCUUCAUUCUAUGGGAAAAAGGGUGAAAGUAUUUUGGAUGAAGCAAGAAUUUUCACAACAAAAUGUCUCAAAAAUUACAUAGAGAAAAACAAAUUAUUAGAUGAUGAUGAUAAUAUUAUUGCAUUAUUUGUUAACCAUGCUUUGGAGACUCCACUUCAUUGGAGAAUAAAUAGGUUGGAAGCUAGGUGGUUCAUUGAUAUGUACCAGAAGAAAAAAGACAUGAAUUUCACAUUACUUGAAUUUGCCAAAUUGGAUUUUAACAUGCUCCAAUCAAUACACCAAGAAGAUCUAAAACAUCUAUCAAGAUGGUGGGAGCAAUCUAAACUUGGGGAAAAGAAAAUGGAAAAUUAUGUUAGAGAUAGAUUGGUGGAGGCUUUUUUAUGGCAGAUUGGAGUAAAAUUUGAGCCACAAUUCAGUCAGUUUAGAAGAAUAUCUGCAAGAUUAUAUGUUCUAAUUACAGUAAUUGAUGACAUAUAUGAUGUGUAUGGAACAUUGGAGGAAUUAGAGCUUUUCACAAAAGCUAUUGAAAGAUGGGAUGUGAAAGCCAUAAAUGAGUUACCAGAAUAUAUGAGAAUGCCUUUCUUUUUCUUAUUCAAUACUGUGAAUGAAAUGGGGUAUGAUACCUUAGCAGACAAAAAUUUCAUCAACAUUGAAUACCUCAAGAAAUCGUGGGUGGUUUGGUCUAAAUAUCAAUUAGAAGAGGCAAAAUGGUUCUAUAGUGGAUACAAACCAACAUUAGAAGAAUAUAUGAAGAAUACAUGGAUUUCAGUUGGGGGACCAAUUAUUCUUUUGCAUGCUUAUUUUGCUUUCACAAAUCCCUUAGAAAAAGCUUCCAUAAAAUUCUUGGAAGAAGGUUAUGAUGAUCCUUCCAUAAAUAUUCAUGAAGGAUCCCUGGAAAUAUCAAAUGAUGGUUACCCUACCAUAUUUCAUCUUGGAUCCAUACUUUUACGACUUGAAGAUGACCUAGGAACAUCGUCGGAUGAGAUGAAAAGAGGAGAUGUUCCGAAAUCAAUUCAAUGUUACAUGAAUGAUACAGGUGUUUCUGAAGAUGAAGCUCGCGAGCACAUCAAAUUUUUGAUAAUGGAAACAUGGAAAGAGAUGAAUAAAGAAAUGGACUUCAAUAAUUAUUUCUCGAAAGAAGUUGUUCAUGUUUGCAAAAAUCUUGGUAGAACAGCCAAAUUUAUAUACCUUUAUGGUGAUGGACAUGCUUCUCAGAAUAAUUUAUCAAAGGGACAUAUUUCAGAUUUGAUUAUUAACCCUAUUCCCAUGUAACUAAUUAAAUAAUUAUAUAUUGACACACAACUCUAUACUGGGUCAAUACAAAAAUAACUAUUAUUAUUAUUAUUAUUAUUAUUAUUAUUAUAUGUGCAUGAAUUAAUAUAAUACACAUUAUAAUUUAUAUUA